UAAAAGUUUUAGUAGCCCAAAGAUUGCAUUUUUCUUUCCUUUAUCCCCAAUCUGGGUGUUCCUCACACUGCAACUAAAUGGGAAAUUGGAGCUUUGUGGGAUUGGACUAUGAGGAAAGAUAGAAGAAAUUUGAGUGAUGUCGUCUAACAAUGGGAGAAGAUAUUCUUCGAGCGACCAUGAAAUUCGCUCUAAUGGUAGUAACUAUGAUGCUAGGUGUUGCACACACUCAAAAGCUUUAGCAGAGCUUAAGGUUUACCAAGCUUGCAUCUUUUCGGUUCCCAUUUUCUUUGCCUUCAUACUUCUCUUCUUAUUCUACUAUUUUUAUCUUCGCCGGGAAAGUGCCGAUUGGUCUUCUUUGAGGACGAGGGCCUCUUCACUGCAGACCGCCGCAGAUGAGAUUUCAAGGUGUGAAUUGGGGUUGAAGAAGGAGCUGAGGGAGAUGCUGCCAGUUAUUGUGUUCAAGGAGAGCUUUUCAGUCAAAGACUCUCAAUGUUCAGUGUGCUUAGGGGAGUACGAAGCCGACGAGCGUCUUCAACAAAUGCCAAAAUGCGGGCACACGUUUCACAUCGAUUGCAUUGACCACUGGCUGUCCACCCGCACCACAUGCCCACUCUGUCGCCGUUGCCUCCUCCUUUCUCCCGUCCAGUCUUCUUCUGUCAACCCAACCCAAAACGCCACAUGACCGUCUCUCACCCUGCUUCAACCUGAAGUGAGAAAAGAGUCAAUGAAGUCCUUAGCCAAUAAGAGCUGAGAGAUGUUUGAACUGGCAGGGGCCUGUGUUUUAAUUGUCCAAUUGAGAGAGAUAUAUGCUACGCUAGACACGGUUAAGUAGAAUUAGAGCUGGUAGAGCAUGAGUAUGUAGGUAUUAAAUGUUAAUCAUUUGAGUGUGUAAUGUAAAAGGACCCUUAGAUAAAAUUAGACUUUGUUGGUCCAAUCCAUUUUACUGAUGUAAGAUUUUGUAUCCGGUUAAAUAAACAAAAGUGCUUCUCUUCUAGGGUUGCUUGUAUGUAUAUUUUUACUAUUGCAUUGCCAGAGAACUUGCCAGCCCAUGUUAUAUAAAUAAAUACUGUUUUUUCUAUAAAUUCAUCUGUUGUAUUUG